AUGAGCCUUCUGGUUUGGGGAAUGGGAGGCAGUCAAGAACAAGUAAGUCCCCAGGGGACUGGCAUCUCUAGAGGCCGGGCCAGUCCUCCAGAGGACUCCCCCCACCCCGCCCUGGGAGCCAAAUGGCCCCCAAACUCGGAGAAACCCACGGACCUGAGAGGGAGUGCAGAGGCUGAGACCCAGCUUCAGGGAGCCCCACCAGACCCCUCCGCCCAGCAGAGGGUGGCGGCCGAGUCCCUGGGGAGCUGUGGGCACCAGGCUGGGAGGGGGCGGCGGCAGAGGGCCCCCGGCGAGGAUGCAGCUGCACGGAAGGGGUUUGAGGAGGUCGGGGCAGAUGGACAGAGGGGUGCUCGUGGCCUCUGGCCCUUUGCUGGAAACACCACCUUUGUAACAGGUCACGAGACAGAACGACCGGAGGCUCUUGCCCUUCACUUUGGAUAA